AUGUUUGGUAAUGGAGUUUUCACUCAACCUUCUUUGGGCAGUGGAAAUAAUAAUGCUCUCUCCAGCGGAUAUGACUCUCAACAUACGCCACAACAAUUUGGGAGUGGAAGCAGUGGGUAUUAUCAACAAAGUUCAGUUUCGGAUUGGGGUGGGCAGAUGGAUGUUAGUGGUGGAACAAAUGAACGAAAUGCUGCAGCAACACGCUCUUUUCUUGGUGGAGGAAGUAAUGUUGGAGGUUCAUCAACACAGUGGAAUUCUGGAGGAGAUUGGGGCGGUACACUUGGUGCAAACACUAAUAGGGCUGGAACGUCAAGCAGAUACAACACGUCUUACAGCAAACCUGCGAGUGGUGGUUAUUCUUCUGGAGGAAGACGUUAUUAAGAGAAAUAAGGAAGUAUUUAAAUAUGUG